CCCUCCUGCAUCUCUGCUGUAGCCAGAGAUACGGCCAUAUUGACUUUACUGUGCUGUCAGAGCUGCACCAUCGAGGCAAAAUCACAUUAUAUAAAUAGAUAUAUUCCAGGACAGGAGUCGGAGACCCCCCUCACCCCUCCCAGACCAUGGGCAGGAGAGAGCACCCAACACCCCCUGGGUUAAGUUUGGUAACACUGGCACUCAGCCUCCUGGUUCCUGCUUCCUGUAUGGAGAUCACUGUGCCUGGAGUUGUCUAUGCUCUAAAUGGAACUGACAUACGACUACCCUGCAACUUCAACUCCUGUUAUAAGAUGGAUAUUAAACAGUUUUCUAUGAACUGGACAUACCGGGGCUGUGACAACUGUACAGAAGAAAUGUUCAUUCAGUAUGAUAAGAAGAUUAUCAACCAGCGUCUUGAGCGAUUUCAGAACCGAGUGGAAUUUACAGGAAACCCCAGCAAAAAUGAUCUAACUGUGACAAUUCAUAAUGUUCAAUUGCAAGAUGAAGGGGAAUAUCUUUGUUAUGUGCUGAAUCCCCCAGACCGACACAAAGGCACAGGAAAGAUUCGUCUAGAAGUCCUAACAGAAGUUCCUCCAGAAAGGGAUUCAACAGUUGCCGUUUUGGUUGGAGCUUCAGUUGGAGGUUUCUUAGCUCUUGUCAUUCUACUCCUGGUCGUCCUAAAAUGUGUUAGAAAAAAGAAAAUGCAAAAUCUUAACUCAGAGGACCAAAAAACAGAGGAAGAAGUGAAGACUGAUGGGGAGGGAAACCCCGAAGGUGAACUGAAAGUAUGUGAGCAAUGAGAAGCUUGGGGAAAGGAGGGAGAGGGCAACAAUUCCUGAAGUUCUAUGACCUGUCAUACACACCGAAUCGGAUUCCUAGAGACAAAACAUUGAGAAUACUCUGGAAUUCUUAGAAAAAAAGUUACUCUGGAAUUCAUUCUGAACAUUACCCAGCUCCAGGGAAUAUGGAAUACAUGAUUUGCACCUUUACCAGACAGACUAUGGGAACCCUUCUCCUGUGUAUGAUCCCAACAGUGUGGAAGAACUCUUUUUUUUACCUCUGAUGGUUUGAAUGCACUAUUUUUGGCAGGUGGGAGCUUGAAUGAAAGCCAGAACUGAUAGCAAGCACUGUAAGGCCAUAAGAAAUCCUAUAGGGGUUGAUUUACUAAAACUGGAGAGUGCAAGAAAUGGUGCAGUAAUGCAUGGUAGCCAAUCAGCUUCUAACCUCCAGAUUUUGCACUUUCCAGUUUUAGUAAAUCAACCCCAUAGAGACAAUAAUUUCUGACCUCUCCUUUUGAAAGUACUUGUUGCCUGGCUGUCAAGCUGAUCCACUGAAUGUAAAAAUGGGCGCAGACCUAGAAUAAUGAUGCAGUUCAGGAGUCCCAACUUUUGCCAGAGUUUUUAAUAAUUACUUGUUCACAGUCAUUGAGGUUCAUGUAAAGAAAAUAGGCUGUUUCAAUUUGCAAGCAAAUUUUCCCUUAGCAUAGUUAAUGAGCUGAAGCUCUCCUGACUUCCAACAUCCAUUCAUGUACAAGCAAAAAUACUUUUGGUCUUCUUUUAUUAUCCUUGCAUGUGAAUGGGUAUUCUUUAC